UCUUUGUUUCACACAAACUCAAAAGCCCCCCAACAGUUAUUAAGAAAGGUAUCCUUAUAUUAACAGAAAAAUUAUACGCAUAACAAACCAAACCCAACCCAACUCAUCAUUUUCCUUUAUUCUUUCUCUUUGUUCUUCUUGUUUCCCUGAACGAUCCCUUUCUCUUUCUCUGUAUCUAUUUCUCUCUGGGCUUCCUGUUUGGUUUUUCUGAGCCAGUUUCCAAUGAGUUGAUCUGCCUUUGUCUAGGUAGAGUUGGACGGUUUGCUAUCAAGAUUUUCUUUGUGUUUCCCAGCUUCGGUCUGGCUGGGACUAGAGGGAAGUUUGAGGGGCCAUUGUUUGGGCAUAACAUAGGAUGGACCUGACGUUUCUGAGUGCCGUUCUAGUUGGGGCAGGUUGCCUUGCUCUGGGAUACUACAUUGGUGCACGAUAUCCUGGUCAUAUCUUUAUCUCAGCCAGAUUAAAUAAAGAUGGUGAAGUUGUUGGUAGUGGGAAGAAGAAGGAUAAGCAAAAAGAGCCCCUUGAGAUUGAAAGUCUGGCUAACAUUCUUGAAGACUUCAAAAUGGUUUUGGUUGUGAGGAAUGAUCUAAAGAUGGGUAAAGGCAAAAUUGCUGCCCAGUGCAGUCAUGCAACUUUGGGUCUUUAUAAGAAGCUUCUUCAUCGGGCACCAAAAGCUUUAAACAGGUGGGAGAUGUGUGCGCAGCCUAAGGUGGUUGUAAAAAUAGAAAGUGAGGAAGAUAUGCUAGUUUUGCAAGAGCGAGCAAAAUCACUAAAAUUACCAACCCACAUUACAAUUGAUGCAGGGAGAACACAGAUUGCACCAAAAAGAUCGGAAUAGAGAUGAUUGGGUCUGGUAGGUACAGAGAGAUGGGGACUGGGGAGAGGCAGGUUUGGCUGGCUAGUUGAAGAAGCCGUUAGAUCAGUAAUUUGUGCUUUUUGUAUAAUUGAGCUUGGAUUCCAAGUUAAGAAUACGUGAGACAGUGUUUUGCACUGUAGCAAACAGAGAGGAACAGGCUUCGGUCCCUUGGAUACUGUACUACAAGGGUAUAUGAAGUGAAGUUGAACCUCUGAUGAGUCUUAUGUAAACAAUGCAAUCCCAAUGUGCUGCAAGCCAGUAAAUUAUAAUUAAGUACCAUCUUUGAGACAUCAUACAUGGAGGCAUGAAGAAAUAAGACAGCUUGAAUGAAUUAUUUUUAAAAAGAAAAAAGAAAAAGAAAGCUUAAAUGAAGUAAAAUAGCAUGUGUUUUCUCUUCAAAAUGCUGUUUCAAAGUCUGUGGUUCCCACUGCCUAUAGUCCUUCCAGUAAUUGUGGUUUGGAUUUAUAUUACUUUUUUUUUUUUGGUUAACACUGUUCCAAACAGUUGAAUUGGUUCUAUAGAUCUUAUCUAGUUCACAUUUGUGUCAUACACUUUCAUGCGUGAGAGGCUGCUUAAGCA